UACUGACUCAGAGAGGGCUGGCAGGGCCACCUUAAGGCCGUGCCACCUUAAGCAGCCCUGCCCCCAGCACAACCAAUAGGCUGUGGUGGUCACCGGCUGUUGCCCAGCUAUGGCCAGCCUGCUCCGGGCUGCAACUUGGGGGAUGUUCCCCUGGAGGGGCUACUGCUCCAGGAGGACGCAGGGCGAACUCAGCGAGGGCUUUGUGGAGGCUCUGAAGGCAGUUGUGGGGAGCCCCCAUGUGUCUACUGCUGCUGCGGUCCGAGAGCAGCAUGGGCACGAUGAGUCAAUGCACAGGUGUCAACCUCCGGACGCCGUGGUGUGGCCCCAGAAUGUGGAGCAGGUCAGCCGGCUGGCAGCCCUGUGCUAUGGCCAAGGCGUGCCCAUCAUCCCAUUCGGCUCGGGCACCGGGCUUGAGGGUGGAGUCUGUGCCGUGCAGGGCGGCGUCUGUGUCAACCUGACCCACAUGGACCGAAUCCUGGAGCUGAAUCCGGAAGACUUCUCUGUGGUGGUGGAGCCCGGCGUCACCCGCAAAGCCCUCAACACCCACCUGCGGGACAGCGGCCUCUGGUUCCCUGUGGACCCAGGUGCAGACGCCUCUCUCUGCGGCAUGGUGGCCACCGGCGCCUCGGGCACCAACGCUGUGCGUUACGGCACCAUGCGCGACAACGUGCUGAACCUGGAGGUGGUGCUGCCGGGAGGGCGGCUGCUUCACACUGCGGGCCCCGGCCGUCACUUCCGCGUCCAGGCGGCCGUGGACAGCACCGUACACAUCCUCCAGGCUGCAGUGCCCGUGGCCCGCAUUGAGUUCCUGGAUGACGUCAUGAUGGACGCCUGCAACAGGCAUAGCAAGCUGAACUGCUGCGUGGCGCCCACGCUCUUCCUCGAGUUCCACGGCUCCGAGCAGGCGCUGGCAGAGCAGGUGCAGCGCACAGAGGAGAUCAUCCGGCACAACGGAGGCUCUCACUUCUCCUGGGCCAAGGAGGCGGAGGAGCGCAGCCGGCUCUGGGCAGCGCGGCACAACGCCUGGUACGCUGCCCUGGCGCUACGGCCCGGCUGCAAGGGCUAUUCCACCGACGUGUGUGUGCCCAUCUCCCGGCUGCCGGAGAUCCUGGUGCAGACCAAGGAGGACCUGCAGGCCUCGGGACUCACAGGAACCAUCGUUGGGCACGUGGGUGACGGCAAUUUCCACUGCAUCCUGGUGGUAGACCCGGAGGACCACGAGGAGCUCCUCAGGGUCAAGGCCUUUGCAGAACAGCUGGUCAGGCGGGCACUGGCACUCCAUGGCACGUGCACGGGGGAACAUGGCAUCGGUCUGGGCAAGCGGCUGCUGCUGCAGGAGGAGGUGGGCACGGUGGGCAUUGAGACCAUGCGGCAGCUCAAGGCCACGCUGGACCCCCGAGGCCUCAUGAACCCAGGCAAGGUGCUGUGAGGGGCUCGGAGCACCCGGUCCACAAGCCCCCAGAGAGUGGCACCUCCCGUUCCGGAACCUGUUUUCCCGCCACGGAACAGCUCUGCCUUUGCCUAGACCCUGCAGGGGUCUUCGCCAGCCCGCUAGCCCUUUUAUCCAAGCUGAGGCCAGAGAGAGGAGGGAGAAGCCUGGUUGGCCGUCUUCUCCCUGGCCCUCUUGCCGGCCUCAGGAGCCUUUGGUCCAGUAAAUGGCUCAGGGUCAUUCCCGGUGAAGCUGCUUCCUCUCUGCUCGCUUACACGUCCUGUAAGGUGGUGUGGGUCAGUCACCCCAAAGACUAGGACGACUCCCCUCCACCUUAGCCUCCCCAUUGCCCGGGCAGGAGAACAAAGGCUGGGGGCCCCAGCACCCAUAGCCCAACUCCAUCUGCCUGGUGACAGGAAUGCUCCUUUGCUGGUGGGGGAAGGGACCUUCGGCUCCACACUCACAGACCCCCAAAAUAAACCUGAACUCCGCUUGCAGUUGUCUGGAGACGAGCAGGCGGCACCUGUGAAUGGCCCCCUGUGCCUGCCCGCCCCACCUCCUCCAAGUUCUCUGUCCUUUGGCUGGUGACGCCCUCGUCCCUCAUCCCGGGCCUGCCCUCUGACUUGCUGCAGCCUGAGGAGGGGCAGCUGCUCUGCCUCUCAGAGCCCCAGGGCCUAAGGACUUGCCCAUGUCCAUCAUCACUUACCACAGACUCCCCCACUGAGCCCCAACUGGGCUCUAGAACAUUCUGAACAUGUCCUUCAAGUGGCUGCUACCAACCAUUGCAAAUGGAAGUGAUUUUCCUGGUACCACACCUUUCCACAGUGUCACGUAUUAUACUACCAGCUUUCUUGCCCUCAACCUCAGGCUCUGUCCACCCUGGGGCCAGCCCCUGCCUUGGUCAGGAUUCCUGAUCAGAGGACCUUGUCCGGGGUACCUGGCAGUUGUUCCCCCUAAGCCCACGAGAGGGCGCCCGACACCUCGAAGCUUAGACACCAGUAUCUGCUUGGGGCAGUGAUGGCCAGCACUCACCUCUGCAGGGACCUGCAGCUCUCAGCUCUGGGCCCCCCACUUCCCAGGGUCUAGCAGGUGCCUGGAGUCCUGGAAACCAGUCUCUAAGCUCUCCACUCCCCUGCAGGUCCCAGGAGCCUCUAGUGCAGGCCCAUCUCCCUCACCCCAAGGCCUUGGCCCUUAGGAAAGGGGCUGAGCGAGGGGCGCAGGGGAGCCGGCGGCACACUCCAUCUCGCCUCACUCCCAUUCUCCCAAGCCACCUCUGAGCUCCUUCCCUGCCUCCACCCCCUCCACCCCUCCCCACCUCUCCCCCCAGCUGUUCAGGCAGCCCCUCUGGCUCCUGAGACCAGCUCAGUUCUUGGAACCCCUCCUCUCUGCUAACUCGGGGCUGAGCCCUGAGUUUGCUCCUCUGUGACAUUUCUGUCCCUUGGAUGUGCCAGGGGGUGGUGUGGGGCAAGUCCCAUGGGCCCUCCCCCGCAAGCACCCAAUAAAGCAGACUCGAACCAUCUAACCAUCAGCCACCAGUGCCCUCCCCUCCACGCAGGCUGCCCGCCACCAGCAGCCCCCCGGGGCAGCAUUCUGCAGGGGCAGGCCCCUCCCCUACAGGGCAGGGCUUGUCUCUGAUGUGCCCCUCAGUGCCUGGCAACUAGUAGGUGUUCAGCAAAUGGCCACUUCCCACAAUUCUUUACUAGGAAAAACUCCAAACACGCAGGAGAUUUGAAAGAACAAGUACACUGUUCACUGAAAUACUAGCCACUGAAGAUUCAACAAUGAAUAUUUUUGCCUUACUUGCUUCGUGCGUG